GCUGGGCCCGGCCGGGCCGGGGGCGCGGGGGGAGGAUGGAGCGGCCCCGGCUCCUCAAUGGGAGCGGGGCGCGGGGGGAGCCCCUCGGCACCAGAAAUCAGAUAGCGACCGCCACCUCAGCGAGGACCCAGCUAGAAGAAGCUACGAUUAAAAGAAUGGACAAAGAUGCAGAAGCAUUAAAGGCAGCCAGAGCAGAACUCUGUGAAGCGAGGCGGCAGUGGCACCAUAUGCAGAUGGAAAUUGAAUCUCUCCACGCUGUGGAGAAGGGUUUGGAACGUUCCUUGCGCGCCACCGAGCAGCAGUACCACAUGCAACUACAGAAUCUCGAAUCGGAGAUCGAAUGCUUAGAGAAAGAGCUCCUGGAUGUGAGAAGAGGUAUCGAGAAACAGCUGCAAGAGCACGAAAUUCUCCUGAACACAAGGAUGAAGCUGGAGGAGGAGAUAGCAACAUACCGCAGUCUGCUUGAGCAAGAAGAGAACAGGUUCCGUUGCACUGUAGCUGCCCAGAAGGAUGACAAAAAGCCUACCACAAGCAAGAUCACCUUUACACUGCCCUCAGAUGGUGUAAAGAAGCACGAAACUGAGAAGGUGGAACUGAUGACAAAACAAGCCAUCCUAGACGGAAAUAUUAUGAAGGAAAGCGCUGAAGCCCAUGGCACUGUACAGACAGAAAAAGUGGAUGAAGUUAUUAAAGAAUGGGAAGGUUCUUUCUUUAAGGAUAACCCUCGCCUAAGGAAAAAAUCUGUUUCGUUGCGCUUCGAUCUCCACCUGGCAGCAACGGACGAAGGAUGUUUACACACGAAAAAGAAAACUCUUCCUGACAUUGAAGUCAGGCUGGUAAUGAGGAGAUCUUGCAGUAUUCCUUCUAUCAAACCUUAACCUACAGCAAAUUAACCCAAAAUUCAUCUCCAACAGGCUCUGGAAAUAAACUGCAGAUGGACCCACAUGGCCUGCUAUCUUGCUACAACUAUGAAAUCUUACUGAGUACUUUGAUUAAUACAAUAAAAACACACAAGUCUUUUAGAAGAAAGGGAGAAGAGCAAGGGAGUUAAGAUUCCAAGAAACCCAACUUCUACUAGUUUUAUACUCUGGGUGCGGCCCUUUAAUUUUCUCAUUAUUGUUGUUGUUUUGUAGAAUUUCGCCGAAUAUUUAAAAAAUUAAACUAUAACUUUAUACUUUGACAUAUUCUGCCUUUGAAAAAAGGGAACUUGUUUUCUCUUUCUGGAAAUGAGAACUGCAUAUUUCAUUCUCUUAAUUAUUCAGUGUUGCAUACGCAUAAUGACUGAUGAAUCCUUGUAAUAAUUUAUAUCACAACUGUCAUUCUUGAAAUGUACUUUAAAGUAAUACUUUCUAACAAAAAAAAAUUACAUACAAAGAUGCUCUUAAAACACAUAAACUAUCAAGAAAGAAUUUUCUUUUUAAA